AUGUCCUCGACGAAACACCUAAAGAUUGCUUUCAUUCACCCAGACCUUGGUAUAGGUGGAGCAGAACGUCUUGUGGUGGACGCGGCUAAAGGCUUAAAGUCUAAAGGACAUGAUGUUGUUAUUUACACGUCUCAUCAUGACCGUCAGCAUUGCUUUGAAGAGACCAAAGAUGGCACGCUCGAGGUUAGAGUACGUGGAGAUACCGUAAUUCCUCGGACAUUUCGGGGAUCUUUUCACAUG